CAGUGUUCACCGUAUUUGUUUACUAUUACUGUACAAAUACUCUAUUACCGAAUUUUUGUUAAUUUAUCUUAUCAGUUUUAAACCAGUGAGUGAUGGAACAGUGGAAAGGCAAGGUUGCUAUAGUGACAGGGGCCAGUGCAGGUAUAGGGGCUGCUAUAGCUCAGGCUCUGGUCCAUCAUGGGAUGGUCGUGGUGGGGCUGGCCAGGAGGCAGCACAAGAUACAGGAGUUGGCAGAUAAGCUAGCCCAAGCCCAAGAGCCAGGGAAGUUGUAUGCCUUGAAAGUGGACCUGACCAAGGAAGAGGAGAUACUCUCAGCGUUUGGUUGGGUAGAGAAAGAACUGGGGGGAGCUGACGUGUUGAUCAACAAUGCUGGCGUCGUCUAUCUAGAUUGUAUACAGGAUGGAAAAACAGAUAUUUGGCAGAAUACGUUGAACGUUAAUGUCCUAGCCUUCUGUAUUUGUGCAAGGGAGUACUUGAAAUCUAUGGAAAAACGAAAGAACCAGCACGGUCACAUUGUCGUCAUAAACAGUGUUUCAGGGCACACGAUCAUGGGUUGUAAUGCAGUCUACCACGGGUCCAAACACGCCAUCGCUGCCAUCACCCAGUGUCUCAGGCGGGAACUUAAUGAGAAGAACUCCUCCAUCAAAGUUACUGACGUCAGUCCAGGUUUGACCAGAAGUGAGGCAUCCGACAGGGUAUCACAUCUGCUGGGGCAUCAUUUGAGGCUGGAGGAAACUGCCGUGGCUCAGGUCGUCGUAGACUCGCUCGCCACUUCUCCAGUCACACAGAUCUGUGAAGUGAUUGUCAACCCCAUCCCUUGUAAUCUGGCUGUUUACUAGGGACAUAAUUAGGUUUACUGGACAUUCCCUAGAAAAAUGUUUAGUAAUAUUUACAUAUACAUCUGUAUUAAAACCUAAUUUUUGCAUGGAUUUAAU